AACUUCCGGUCUCUCGCUUCCGGAACCGGUCCAUGCCCCGGAAGUAGGUGUUUGUUUAACUCUCUAGGUUGGUCACGGAUAGCCUACGGGUGCGGCGGCCAUGUUGCUUUCCGCGGUGUCCUUUGCCAAGAGCAAGUCAAAAACCAUUCUGGUGAAACUGAUGAGCCAAGCUGGGACAGGUUUCUCCUUCAACACCAAGAGAAGUCGACUCCGAGAGAAACUGACUCUUUUGCAUUAUGAUCCAAUUGUGAACAAAAAAGUCCUCUUUGUGGAACAGAAAAAAAUACGCUCCCUCUAAACAAUGGAUUGAAAUGAAUUUGAUUUAUAAUGAGAAGACUGAGGGCAGGAGACUGAUUCAGAAAUCCUGCAGUAGUAACAAGAGAAGAGGAAGUGGUGCGGCCUGACAGCCUCCUGUGAUUUGAAGGCCAUUGUGAAGGGAACCGCUCAGUGAAAGAAAGUUCCCCACAUUAGGGCAGAUAUCAUUGCAUCAGUUAUUUAUCUUUCUGGAUAUUUUUAUGGCCUUAAUAAAAACAUUAAAAUAG